AUGAGCGGCGGCGAGGUGGUCUACUCGGGCUGGCUCCGCAAGUCCCCCCCGGAGAAAAAGUUGAAGCGUUAUGCUUGGAAGAGGAGAUGGUUUGUGCUACGCAGUGGCCGCUUAACUGGAGAUCCAGAUGUAUUGGAAUACUACAAAAAUGAUCAUGCCAAGAAGCCUAUCCGUAUUAUUGAUUUAAAUUUAUGUCAGCAAGUCGAUGCUGGAUUGACAUUUAACAAAAAAGAAUUUGAAAACAGCUACAUUUUUGACAUCAACACUAUUGACCGGAUUUUCUACUUGGUAGCAGACAGCGAGGAGGAGAUGAAUAAGUGGGUUCGUUGUAUUUGUGACAUCUGUGGAUUCAACCCCACAGAAGAAGAUGCUGUGAAGCCACCUGGCCCCUCCUUGCAAGCAGCUGAUUUACCUUUAGCUAUAAAUACAGCACCACCCUGCACACUGAUGGAGCCAGCCUCUGCUAUUCUACCUCCUCCCUACCAGAUAAUUAACCUUCCACAGCACCUGGAGCCUCUUGGCAUCCAGGAGGAUCCUCAAGACUACCUCUUGCUAAUCAACUGUCAAAGCAAGAAGCCUGAACCCAUGAGAACACAUGCUGACUCGGCAAAAUCCUCCUCGUCGGAAACAGACUGCAACGACAAUGUCCCUUCUCAUAAAAACGCCGCUUCUUCCCAGAGCAAGCAUGGGGUGAAUGGCUUUUUUCAGCAGCAGAUGAUGUACGACUGUCCCCCGUCACGUGCUGCAUCUGUCACUGUAGACUCCAGCCUUUAUAACCUGCCCAGGAGCUAUUCCCAGGAUGUUUUACCAAAGGUGUCUCCAUCGAGUACUGAAGCCGAUGGAGAACUCUAUGUCUUUAACACCCCAUCUGGGACGUCGAGUGUAGAGACUCAGAUGAGGCAUGUAUCUAUUAGUUACGACAUUCCUCCAACGCCCGGGAACACCUACCAGAUCCCCCGAACAUUUCCAGAAGGAACCUUGGGACAGACGUCCAAGCUAGAAACUAUUCCAGAUAUUCCUCCACCUCGGCCACCAAAACCGCAUCCCGCGUAUGACCGGUCUCCUGUGGAAACGGGCAGCAUCACCCGCACGGCCUCCGACACGGACAGCAGUUACUGCAUUCCUGCAGCAGGAGCGCAGCCAUCACGGAGCCAUACCAUUUCCACUGUGGAGCUAAACAGAUUGCGGAAAGAUGCCAGCUCUCAAGACUGCUAUGAUAUUCCACGCACAUUUCCAAGUGACCGCUCUAGUUCGCUGGAAGGCUUCCACAACCACUUUAAAAUAAAAAAUGUGUUUACCGUGGGAAGUGUAUCAAGCGAGGAACUGGAUGAAAAUUAUGUCCCUAUGAAUCCCAACUCGCCUCCGCGGCAACACUCCAGCAGUUUCACAGAACCCAGUCAGGAAGCCAACUAUGUACCCAUGACACCGGGGACAUUCGACUUCCCUUCCCUCGGAAUGCAAGUGCCUCCUCCUGCUCAUAUGGGCUUCAGGUCCAGCCCCAAGACCCCUCCAAGAAGACCAGUGCCUGUUGCAGACUGUGAACCACCCCCCGUGGACAGAAACCUCAAGCCAGACAGAAAAGGUCAAAGUCCCAAAUAUUUAAGACCCAAACCCCAUGGUUUAGAGCGAACUGAUUCACAAACCAUAGGUGACUUUGCUCCAAGAAGAAAGGCCAAACCAGCACCACUAGAAAUAAAGCCUUUGUCAGAGUGGGAAGAGUUGCCAGCCCCUGUGAGAUCCCCCAUCACGAGGAGUUUUGCCCGAGACUCCUCGAGGUUUCCCAUGUCCCCCCGACCGGAUUCUGUGCACAGCACAACUUCAAGCAGUGACUCGCAUGACAGCGAAGAGAAUUACGUUCCCAUGAACCCCAACCUGUCCAGCGAAGACCCAAAUCUUUUUGGCAGUAAUGGUCUUGAUGGAGGAAGCAGUCCUAUGAUAAAACCCAAAGGAGACAAACAAGUGGAAUACCUAGAUUUAGAUUUAGAUUCUGGAAAAUCAACCCCACCACGGAAGCAAAAGAGCAAUGGCUCUGGUGGCAGUGUAGCAGAUGAGAGGGUGGAUUAUGUUGUGGUUGACCAGCAGAAAACCCUGGCGCUAAAGAACACCCGGGAAGCCUGGACGGAUGGGAGGCAGUCCACGGAAUCUGAAACACCCACCAAGGGCAUGAAAUGAAAGCGCUCCCUUCGAGCUUUUGCACCAUGGAGAACUGAGCUGCCAAGCGACAUCCUGAGGGAAAACGCUCGUGGCAGCAGUGUGUGACUGCAGACGGCUGCCCCUUCCAUCCUAGGAGGUCCUCACGGGAGCAGAGUUGAAGUCAAAAGACGCUCACACCCUGAAUGGUGCUUUGUGGUAUCUGAGAAAUCAAAAACCUGUAAAUAAUGUGGGGAAAGAGUAUUGAUUAGCUCCCAGACCAACACUUGUUCCACAGUUAACACACUUGUAGUAUUACUGUAUUUUUGCACUUUUUCAUUUAAAAUAUUGGUUUGGGUUUUCCCAAAUGUACCUUAGCAUGUAAUUCCAUUGGGAGUUCUUGUUUUCCCUCACACUACUCUCUAUAACAAUACUAAGUUAAUUAAGCUACUUAGAGUUGGAAGUUGCUGUUGAAACUACAGCUUAACCACAUCAAAAUGAGAAAUAGAUGCACAAUUUAACUUUCUACCUGAACCCUCAGGUGGUAACCCUUAGCUGAAAAUCCAGAGAGGAUAGUCGGAUUCGUCACUCAUGGCCUUCUAAUGUGCUGAGGAAUAAUGCUUGUGCAGUUUCAGGACCUAGCUCUCUGGCUCACGUACAGGUAGUUGUUAGUGGUGGAAUUCUAUGUUGUUCAUUACAGUGCGUAGGGGUCACUGGGUGAAGAUUCCGCCGGGUGGGAUCUCACACUCCUUACAGACAGACUAAUGACAUUGUCAAGUAAGCCUGCAGAUGACUGGUGACCAGCAGUGAGGAUGCACUCUCACACUUGUUCACAUGUAUUAAACUUUAUGUUAGUUACAGAAGGUAGAUUAUAUAACUAACCAGGUACGUGCCAGGCACUAAUGUGCUAAUACACUGAUCAGGUAUGGAUAAUGAGCUUUAGUUGUGCUUUUGGAAUAUUGGUUUGAGGAGCACGGUGGUUGAGUGCUUAGCUGCUAACUGAAAGGUGAGCAGUUCAAACCCAUCGGCUUGCUCCGCAGAGGAAAGACGUGGCCAUCUUACGUGUCAAGAUUGCAGCCUAGCAGAGCCCUGUGGGGCAGGAGUUCUACUCUGUACUGUAGGGUUAGUGUGAGUCAGAACUGACCCAACAGCACUCCACCACCACAUUAAUACUGGUCUCCAAGGUGGAAUUAACGGAGCAGUUGACAUUCACUGUUAGUUACGGCAACAUACUGUGAUUUAUAACUAGGCAGCAAUUCAGGCUGAUUUCUUUCCUAUCUUUUAACACCGUAGUGCCCUUUAUAUGAACUUUUUUUUUUCACUUAUUACCCUUCUUGGCCUUAUGUUUAAAUCCCUAUGCAAUUAAAAUUUUAUAUCUGCAUUUUUUUAAAAAAAGGAUAUAAGUAUUCCUUGUGUGUAGCUUUUCCAGUAAAAGAAUUAAGGAUUUUCUACUGUGAUUCGUAUUCACUGCCCCCAUUCAAGAACUGUUGGAACCUUGCAAUAAUGUGAAAUCUUAUAAUCAUGCACCCCUCCCAAACCGGGGCAUCUCAUAAUUCUUUCUCACCUAAAACAUGGUCCAGUGACACGGAUAUCAAGAUCACAAAUGAUAGUGAGGCUCCAAUUUAAACGCAUCGGCCUCACCUUUGCAAUGUAAUUUAGAGAGCAGGUAGAGUUAUUUGUUUUGUUUUUAAGCUAGGCUAUAUGCAGUCUCUUUCUCUGUUGGUGUAAGAUUUACUAAUCGUUUUUGGAGGGGACAGAGCGAUGAGAGCACGCACAGCAGAAGGGUGACUCCUUCUGUCCAGACCGCCGACUGUUGCCCAAGGAGAAGCGGGCCCUGAAUUCUGUUGCGUGUGGCCAUCCAGCUGUGCCUAAUCAAUGUAAUGAGUGUGUUUCUCCAAUCCACAUGUGAGAAAUGUGUAUAACCCAGAUGGAUUGUAGUGUUGAUGCUUUUAAAUUUCUCCGUUUUAAACAAAAACUAAAGCUCAGAAGUGAAUUUUGAGGUUGAUUUCUAAAUAAAUAAAAAGAUUGUUUGAGUUUGGUGUGCAAGCUGUUUUGUAAUAAAAUGACCAAAUCAAAUCGUCCAAAUAAUGCCUAAACGAUCCACACACACUUGUUUGAUCAGUGGAGACACUAAAUCGUAUUAUCUGCCACAAGCACAUAUUUUGAGACUUAAAACACAACAAUAAAUAUCUGAGUAAUUCAGAAAUAAAAAUUGUGACUUAAAGUUGCCUAUGGAGGAGACCAAAGCAAUCAUGAAUAAAUUUAGUGUCACUUCUCAACUUUUAUUACUUUUUAUGAAGAGAUGCAGCACUUUAAUUUAUAGAAAUUGGCUCAUUAUGAAACAUAAUUCAGGAAUUGAAAAGAAUCCGUUCUUUUAAAACAACUCAUUAAAUAUUGUAUUCAUAAAUUAAAUUGAACGAUGAAUUCUUACACAGCAGUGUUUUCCAAACGUUUAGCAGUAGAGUCUUACAAUGAAAUCUUAAGUCUGACCCCAAUAUGCAAAGCCUGAAAAGCCCAUUUACCAGCACUGUGAGUCCACAUUUACCAUCUUCACUCACGACUUGGAAGACGAAGAUUUCUGAAUAAGACAGAUAUGAAAUUGGGAUGAUAAGUGGCAAAACUCAGAAUCCUUGCUGUGUUUUCAUACUUUCAAGCAAAGUUUGGCACAGAUACAAGUUUGUUCAAACAGAACCAGUUUUAAGCACACAUCUCAGGACAUUUCUUUACAUAAAGAUAACAGCAGCUGUAUACAAGGUGUUAAACAAUAACAAAUCAUCCUGGUAGUGGGUUUUAUUGCCAUGAGUGUCCAGUACUGGAAAACAGGGGUCUAUAAAACACUAACAUUCACAUUUAACUAACUUUUUAAAAGAUACAUUUAGAAAAGCAAGUUUUUCAUCAAACCUUUUUCAUGCCCCCUAACGUAGCUUUAAGAGGCUCCGGAGCGUAUCAGCCGGGCAUCUGUUGCAUGCCCCUGGUUCAUCACAUGACAUUUUUGCCCCUCCCAGAUUUGGUGUUUCUGCAUCCCUGUCCCCAUCUGAUGUCCUCUGCUUUCUCUAUUUUGAAAAAGACGAAGCUUUUAUAAGGUUUAGAUACCAAAGCGCAGUUCUUUUAGAAAUCAAAAUUUAAUAAGCUAUUUUCACGCACGGGUGUCACAGAAGUAAGCUGGCAAAGAUGUUUUUAUCUACACUCUCGGUUAUUAGCUCACUAUCUGUAUUUCUAUCAAUAUCAGAAACGCUACUGGGAGCAUUUUAAAGAAUCCCAUAAAGGUACUACGAGUAUAUAUAUAUAUAUGUAGAUAUAAAUAUGUGUAUUUAUGUCUAUAUACAUAUUAAAACAUUGUAUUUAAUCAGACUGCAUUUGAUAAAUACUGUUACACUUACAUAAUUAAAUCAAAAGUCAGUUUCUUCUGGACUACUUAAUUAAUGAGAGGGUCCCAUUCUUCAUAAAUGUAUUUAAACUGGGAGUUGAAUACCAGUGUUUGUUUUUAAUUGUGGGAUGAUGAUUGCUUUCCCCUUUAGGGAAAAUGAGAUUUUUUUUUAUAUUAAAAUGGUAACUAUGCCUGUACCCUAUACCAGACACAUUGCAAUUCCUGGGUGUUCCCAAACCCCUUUGGUGCCUGUUUGUUGGGGCCUGUUGGUAGUGUUGGUAUUCAUACUCUGAAUGGUUGUAGAAACAGGCCUCCUCCAUUGUGGGGUCAUGUUAGUCGGCCUGCCCUCUGCUGUUAGAUAUGCAAUCGGGUCGGUGACAGACUGUGCAUUUGACCAAAUCAACUGGAUACACAGAGACAUAAGAGGGAGCUUCAAAAAGUUCACAAAGAAAUUCCAUUAUCGCUUAACUCCAUUUUUUCACAAACCCUUGGAAGCCCACACGUAUGGCCUAUGGUAACAAUUAUCAAUAAUGUCUAAUGCAGUAUAUGUAAAUAUAUGUGUAUGUACUUUUGAAAGCUGCCAGCUCUGAGAUGAAAAGCCAUGAUAUGAAUGAAUGUUGCUUGUAGACAUCAUGGACUUGAUAAGAUGGUGAGAAAUCCGUAGCUUGCUUGUUGAGACCCUUGGUUUUUAUCUUAAGUGCGUUUAGCUAUCCUAAAGUUUGAAAUAACUCCAUUCGUCUUCUAGCCCAUAGAGAUGCCGCUUCUGAAGCCCAGUGUAGUUUCUAACCAGAAUUGUAACAAACUGAUUACUCGUGGUGUAACUGUAGCUUCUACUUGCUUUACAUACAAUUUUGUGUGAACUCUUCUAAGCUAAAUCGUUGAUAAUUAUCCCAAAUUUCCACAGCAAAACCUUAUGUACAAAUUUAUUUCUGUCUCUUGCAUAAAUUCUUUUGUAAAGAUCCAGUUGUAGAUGUUUUCUGCUACCAAAUAAAACUUUUCAAACAA